AUGGCUGAAAAUAUCAAGGGCGACGAUGCCCUCCUGCCCCGGCUUGAGCGGGAGCCGCCCCGUCGGCAUCCCCCGCCCGCCCCCCGGAUGCAAGAGGACUGGCGAUGCGGAAAAAGGACACCCUCCCCCAAAUCCGCCGCCCUGAGUAGGCCGGCCGCCUCCCCCCCCCCACUUCCCAGCAGGCACCCGGGGCCACGGAGAGCCCGCGAACCGAGCCACCCCCCCCGCGCUGCCCUCGAAGCGUCCCCCCCACCUCCCUCGGAUGACGUCACGCUCGGGCCGGCGGGAUCCCAGGUGGGAAGCGGCUCCACCGCCAGCCGCACUCCCUUCCCUCCCCUCCCUUCCCCAUUCCAAAGCCGGGCUAGUAAGUUGCUCGCUGCGGUGGGUCAGUGCCGGCCGGGCGCCGCCUUCCUGGGCUCCCCCAGGCCGGUCUCUCGGCGCUGCUGGCCGCUCCCCGCGUUCCCUCACUCACCUCCGGAGCGGCGGCGACGGCGGCUGGUGGUGCUGCGGGUGCUGCAGUCCCGGCGCGGCUGCCCCUACUACCCCCCUCCCUCCGGGCGCCACCGCGCUCCAGCCGCGCCUCCUGCGCCGCUCAUCCGAGGCUGCGGGGGGAAAAAAAACCCCGUUUUCAGCAGCGUCGUAAAUCACGGCGGAACGACGCGCUCCCAAGUCGUCGUCCUCCACCCCCCACCCCCCCCGCCGCCCGCCGUGCUGCGGCGGCGGGAAGAGAGAACGGAGCGAGGGCCGAGCAGCUCCCACGGCUCCCGGGGACGGGAUGGGAUUGCCUUCUGCUCCCGAAGCCAAGCGGCCGGUGAAGGGAGUGCCCGCGGGGGUCCGGAGGGUGGUGAAAGGCCCCGCGGCGAUCCGGGAUGCCCCGUAGGCGGCCUUGCCACCUCUGGCCCCUUCCCUGACCCGAAGAACCGACCGUUCCCACCGCCAAAGCAGCAGCCAGGCUCAACCCGGUUCCUCCGUGCAGAUGCCGCCGCCGCCGCCACCUGUUAA